ACUUUCAUCUUUCACAACAAAAUCACAUUAAACAAAUCAAACCAUGGGGAAGUUCCAAAGAAUCUUUGUUACUUUCACCAUCAUUCUCUUGGUUUGUUGCUGUUUUAGGAGUGAAUCUACUAGUGUUGCAAAUGAUCGAGGUGCUUGGAUAUCAUAUGAUGAACGUGCUUUAACAAUAAAAGGUGAAAGGAAAAUCAUCAUUUCUGGAUCCAUACAUUAUCCUCGUAGUACUGCUGAGAUGUGGCCAUCACUUAUUCAAAAGGCAAAAGAAGGUGGCUUGAAUGCAAUUGAAACUUACGUGUUCUGGAAUGUUCAUGAGCCAGUUCGCCGUCAGUAUGAUUUUACGGGGAAUUUGGACCUUGUAAAGUUUAUAAAAACUAUUCAAGAUGCUGGACUAUAUGCUAUUCUCAGAAUUGGUCCCUACGUGUGCGCUGAGUGGAAUUAUGGAGGUUUUCCGGUGUGGUUGCACAAUUUGAGCAAGGAUAUGGCUUUCAGGACAACAAAUAAAAUAUUCAUGCAAGAAAUGGAGACAUUCACAACUAAAAUAGUUGAUAUGAUGAAAAAAGAGAACCUUUUUGCCCCAGAUGGGGGUCCUAUAAUCCUCUCUCAGAUCGAGAACGAAUUUGGAAACGUGGAGGGCGACUACGGUAGUGAUGGCUGGCCGUACGUCCAAGCAGUUGCUGAAUUUGCUGAUAGCUUAGAUACUGGAGUACCAUGGAUUAUGUGCCAACAGGACAACGCUCUGUAUCCUAUUGUUUCAACAGUUAAUGGUUUUUAUGGUGACCAAUGGCAUCCCCCAAGAGACUCCAUCCCGAAAAUCUGGACUGAGAGUUGGUCUGGCUGGUACCAGAAAUGGGGUGAACCGUCUCCUCAUAGACCUGCUGAAGAUCUUGCUUUCGCCACCGCCCGCUUUUUCCAACUCCGUGGUACUCUACAAAACUACUACAUGUACCACGGCGGAACCAAUUUUGGCCGGACUUCUGGCGGACCUUACAUCAUUACGAGUUAUGAUUAUGAUGCUCCGCUAAAUGAAUAUGGUUUGCCAAAUCAACCAAAAUGGGGGCAUCUCAAACAACUACAUGAAGUUCUCCGAUCAGUGGAGAAAUUAUUAACCUACGGUGACUUUGUUGACAAACCCUAUCACGGGCGUGGUGAUUUAUAUAUGUCAACAGAGUUUUCUCACAAUGGGUCGAGGGUUUGCUUCUUCGGUAACUCUGAUAGUGGUAAAGCAGUGACGAUCGAUUUUGAAGGGCAACAGAUCACCGUCCCUGCAUGGUCCGUCAGCAUUUAUCGUGAUUGCAAAACUGAGAUUUUUAACACUGCUCGUGUUAAUGUCACUCGAGAAGUUUUGGAAAGAGUGAGACAUCAAGGUCCGUUAAAAUGGACAUGGAGAGCUGAACCUAUUGAAGCCAUCAAGGGUCAGUCCGAUACAUUUGCUCCACAUUUUUUGGAGCAGAAAUCCGCCACAAAUGAUACAUCUGACUAUCUUUGGUUCAUGACUAGUGUGGAUGCGGAUGAGGAUGAUGGAUGUGACCCACUCACGGGUCAUGAGGUCACUCUAAACGUACGUACAAAUGGCCAAGUACUUCAUGCAUUUUUAAACAAGAAGCAUAUAGGAUCUCAAUGGAGCCCAAAUGGUUUUACCAGCUUUGAUCUGAAGGGAGUUGGCAAAAUUAAACCUGGAUUGAAUACAAUAUCAUUGCUUAGUGGCACAGUUGGACUACCGAACUAUGGCUCUCAUUUCGACACUGCGUCUAUGUAUGGGGUUUCUGGUCCGGUAACAUUAACUACUUACAAUGGCGAUAAUUUGGAUCUGUCAAACGGACACUGGAGCUAUAAGGUUGGUAUGAGUGGCAUUGACGAAAGAAAACUUUUCUCUGAUAAGGAAAGGCGUGGUUGGAAAGAGAAUCCUAAACUAAACAAACCACUGGUUUGGUACAAGAAUUGGUUCUUACAUGUACGCGAAGUGGAACUAUAUGGUAAUCAACAAUAUUUACUUGAUAAUUAUCAGUAA